AUGGACGACGAAGACGAGCGCACAAUCGAACUAGACUGCAUCGCAGCAAUCUUCCCUGAAAUUGUCCUCAACCCCGAGAAUCCCUUCUCCGCCUCCAUCGAACUGCCUGUUCACCCUCAGAACACCGUCAAGGUCGCCUUCCCUGCGUCCUCGGACGGUGCACUUCCUACCCCACCACAGUCCGACUCCUCGAGUCAAGUCGACACCGAAUCUACUCCAGAGGUUGUUACUAUUGUCGAAUCGCAUAACUUAUCCUAUCUGCCGUCUCUAAAGUUGCACAUUACUUUGCCUGAAGGAUAUCCGGAAGAAAAGCCGCCAAAGUUUGAAAUAUCAACCUCGCCAUCAUGGCUAUCGCAAACCCACUUGGACGAGUUGCAAGCCAACGGAGAGCGCGUAUGGGAGGAAGCUGGUCGCAGUGCUGCGGUCUAUGGUUAUAUUGAUUUCCUACAACAAUCUGCUGAGAACGCAUUUGGGUUUGCGGAAGGCAAGGUUCUCGAAAUACCCCAGGAUCUCAAAAUAUCUCUCCUGGACUGGGAUAUUAAAGCAACGCAGGCUGCUUUCGAGAAGGAAAGUUUUGCAUGCGGGAUUUGUCUUGAUCCAAAAAGAGGCUCCGUCUGCCACCGAAUGAUCGACUGCGGCCAUGUUUUCUGCGUUCAAUGUCUCCAGGAUUUCUACAAUAAUGCUAUAAACGAAGGCGAUCUAGCCAUGGUGCGCUGUUUGGCCCCUAAUUGCGCAAAGAAACGCUCGGAAGCUCAAGUCAGUACGGGCAAGACUCGAAAACCGAAGACGAAUCUCAGCCCUAGCGAACUAUUAGAAAUCCCACUAGAACACGAUGUGGUCACUCGAUACGUUAAAUUGAAACACAAGGCGGAUUUGGAAUCGGACAAGAAUACGAUAUACUGCCCGAGAAAGUGGUGUCAGGGUGCUGCCAAAUCAAAGAAGCAUCGAAAGCCGGUUGGCUUGGAAAUCGAUAACUCAAAUGAUGAGUCGGAUGCCGAUGACAUGGCGGAGAAGAAGGAUUACGUUUCUGGUAAAGACCUACUCUCGGUGUGCGAGGAUUGCUCUUAUGCAUUCUGCAGCAGAUGCUACCAAGGAUGGCAUGGAGAGUUAACUGUUUGCUCACCAAAGAGGGAUCGUGGAGAGCUCACUGAAGAGGAUAAGGCAUCUUUGGAAUACCUACAGCUUCACACAACGCCUUGCCCGACUUGCGCUGCUCCAGCACAAAAGACUCAUGGCUGCAACCACAUGAUUUGCUUCAAAUGUCGUUCUCACUUCUGCUAUCUAUGCUCGGCAUGGUUAAUGCCCGCAAAUCCAUAUCAACAUUACAACACAGAGCAGGAGCCUUGCUACAUGCGAUUAUGGGAGCUCGAGGGAGGCGAUGGUGAUGAUGUGGGCAUUGGAUACGCGGGAGGUGCACCACGUGGUCCAGAGGAAGUUGCGGAUAUUGAGCCUGAGCCGGAGCCGGAGGGCUUCUUCGAGGUAGUAGAGAUGGCAAACGACGAACCUCAUCCUAUCCAAGCCCAACGUCCUAUCGACGACGCCCCGCUAGAAGCUCUCCAGCGCGAAGGUCCUCUUGUACUACGCAUCAAUCAUCUCCCUCCCCAACCCGCACCCGCUGUUCCCGACCCACCUCAACAGGCCCGCCGAGGACCAAAUGCAAGACCCGGACGAGGAGGACAAGCCCGUCGAGUUGUGCAGCCACGCCAUGCACCGGUGCCUGCUCCUGCACUAGAUCGGGCACAGCAGGAAGCUGCACAGAGGGAAUGGGUGCAGAGGUUUGUGCAAAUGGCGUUAAAUGAUGAGGAAGAUGAGCUAGACAGUGAUGAUGAGGAUGACGAUGCUGCUGCGUGGGAGAUUCCGGUUAGAUGA